AUGGCAUCUCAUUCAGCACCGACUAUGGAGGUCCAAAAGCUCCUCGAGAUGCUGAGACUUGAUGGUUCAAAAAAGCGCAUCGCCGACCCUGGACAGCCUUCUGAUAUAGGGCUUAAAACCCUUCCUACAGAACUCGUCGUCAAAAUAGCGACCGCUCUACACCCAGUCGACCGCGCAAGCCUUGCCUUUACAUCCAGCUGGCUACACAGAAUCAUUGGUAACGCUCUGAAGCUCAAUCGAUUUGAUCGUUCAGAAUUUCUUCGCCGCCUUGAGCUUGACGGCAUGUGGCUGUCUGCAAUAUUUUGCGAAAUAUGUCAAAAGUUUCAUGAGCCACGAAAGAGCCGUGACUUCACUCCCAGGGAGGCACGACGAGCCUGUGUUAAAUACGGAGAUCCUAAACUUGAGGAAAAGAGUUUCUGUCAUUACCUACAGGAUAUUCACUUUGACAUCAUGGCAGCUCUCUCGAGAUCAAGCCGUUUCCGACAUAAAGCUACCGCCGAGUCAGACUUCACGGCCCAGUGGUACCACCUAGAGGACCACAUACUAUCCUGA